AUGAAAAAAAUUUAUUCCUCUUUCAAAAACAAAAAUAAAACAAAAUUCGUACAACCACAAGUUCAAGCAGUUCAAAAAAACAAAUCGGCAUUAGACCAAUUUUGUGAUUUUACCUCUCUCGUCGGUUUUCGACUUUUACAUUCAAAGCAUUUUUUGUGGUUAAGAAUUCUCUCAGCUAUUUUAAUGGUUAUUUCAACUGGGUUAAUAUUGCUUCAAACAAGUUAUUUUUGGAAGAAAUAUGUCGAAUCUAAGGGACAGAGAAUUGCUACGGUUAAGGAGUCUGAAAAUCGGGAAUUGCUACAACCUCGAUUUCUUGUCUGUUUUAGCCAUCAAACAAUGUGA